UGGGGCUCGGGGGCGGGGUUUGUUUUCCGCUCCCGCUCUUCCGCGGCCGCGAGGGCGGUCACGUGAGGCGCGCGCCAUGGCUGCUCCGGCGGACGGCGCCGACCUGGAGGCCUCGCUGCUGAGCUUUGAGAAGCUGGACCGCGCCUCCCCGGACCUGUGGCCCGAGCAGCUGCCCGGGGUUGCCGAGUUCGCCGCCUCCUUCAAAAGCGUGAGUGUGCGCUGCUUUGCCUUUCGCGUUUCCUCCUUCCGCGUAAUACCUAUUACAAGUUCUCCUCCCAAGUGGAUGGCUGAAUUAGAAAAUGAUGAUAUUGAUAUGCUGAAGGAGUUGGGGAGCCUUACUACAGCUAAUCUGAUGGAAAAAGUUCGUGGCCUGCAGAACCUGGCUUAUCAGUUGGGACUGGAUGAAUCAUCUGGGCCUAAAUCUUGUUUUGAGUAUCUCUAAGAACAGGAUCAUCAGCCAGAUUUGCAGCUGAUCUCAUCCACGUCACCUGCAGUAACUAGUGCUGGGCAAACAACGAUUUUUCCAAAUCACAAUGACAGUGUUGCCAACCAUUCCAUGCUGAUGAAUUGACACCUGGCAAUUCCAUCAUCAGCCUAUGCAGUAUGUGAAAAAGGUAAAUUUCAUCUUUGUCACACAGUCUGAAAUCCUGCCCUCCCAAAAGUUCAGUAACUUCUCAUAAACAUUUCUGUAGUACUUCUAAACUAAUAUAAGUUUUUAGAUAUAUACAAUCAAAAGAAAAAGACAGCUUGCAAAUUACUGUUGCAGGAAGUCCACAGCAAUGCAUAUGAGGCCUUAGAACCAGCAGUCACUCAAAAACACCAGAUACAAUCUCUGGUGUAACACUUCAAGCAUUCUCACAUUUGAGUUUCUUCUAAGUAAGAACCUCAGGCAACAAGGGUACUUGUAGUGGGGAAAUAUGUCAUAUUUUUGAGUGAGCUAUCUGAACAUGGCAUACAAACUUCACAGAGCAUGAAAAUAAUCCUCACUUCUUAGUGUUGUACCCCCAUCUUCAUAAAGCAGUCUGUACUGACACUUUUGAAGAAGUCAUUAAAUAAUCUUUAGUAGAAGAUGAUAAUUCAUUAAAAGACAAUUUUUUAGCAGGUUGUCUCUGUAUCUUCAGCCCAGGAAAAUUAUAGUUGGACAGAAACUUCUCAUGGAGCAACAACUCUGAGCUGGAUAAAAAUUAUUUGAAGAACAAAUGCAAAUGUUAUAAACGCAUUUCUUCCCACCACAGAAAUACCAAAACCCACACCCACUCACUCCAACAUGCACAUCCCAGCACAUACAUCAGCCAGGGCCCCAGAUACAUCCAAAAGGUAUUGCAUGUGUGAUGCCAAAUAUACAUUGCCCUGAUAAGAGAUACACCUUGGAAUUUUUAGAAGGCAAGAAAAGAGGAAAAAAAAAGUCUAAAAAGAGAGACAAAGAAAAUCAAGGAUAAGGAAAGGAAAAAGACUGUAUCCUUUUGGUUUUACAUAAUGCUGUGCUUCUUGAAAUCAAACCUAUUCUAGAAACAUGUUGUUUCUGCAAGCCAGUCUUUACACCAGUGCUUUGAGUUUCUUUCAGGAGGAUGUGAAAUGCAAUAUUCUGAACUCAAGUCAUUGUGGCCAAUCAUAAAGUCCACAUAAAGAUAGUUAAAAGGUUAAGUAGCCAGAGAUCUAGACUGAUCCACUUGUUGCAGAAUGUAAUCCACAUUCUACAUAGAAUACAUGCAACAAUGCCAGUUUUAUUUAGAUUUUGCUAGAUUUUCAGCAUGGCAGGAUCUCUUUGCAUCUUGACUUCCUCAUCCACUGAAAGUGCUGGUUUUUAGACUUGACUUUUUCCGACAUGUCUCUUUGAGGAGGAUGACUGACUCCAGGCAGCUGAUGAGUGUACAGAGUAGGCGUUUUCUUGUUGGGUUUGUGUGGUUGACCUCUGCCCUGCCUGCUGAUUCCUAUAAUACAGAUCAGUGACCAGUGAAGCCAGAAUGCUCCCUGCCUGUCUCUGUUAUAGACACCUCAGUAAGGAACAGAAAGGAGGAUGAGGGCUGAGCUUGAAAGCCCUUACUUAAUUGCUAGUAGAAAAAAUGGGUAAUAAGAAUGACCUUGCACCUUAUUUAUUGACCAGAUCUCUGUGAGGACAAAGUACUUGACUUGGUUCUGUAUCACUUGAAAGGCUGGCUCUGUGGCCCAUUGCUGAUGAGUAGGCGUAAUAAUAUAGGGUAAUUAAAUUUUGUACUUGCAGACACUUAUAUGUGAGGGAGGAUUUCCCUCUCAAAAAUAGCAGGCUCUGUUUUCUUCAUAAUCACAGGAUUUUAAGCUAAAUUUGAAGCAGUAGAAAUUUCCCUAUUGCCAUCUUCCACUUGCAGUGACAGCCCAAAAUGCAAGAGGCUUUGUAUGAAAAGGCAGGAAGAGAGCUCACCAGCUACAUGAGAAUGAGGGACGAGACCAGCAGAGCAACACAAAUCGGCACAGGUGCUCAGGCUGACUGGUUUUGUGGCCUUCAGUUUGUUUUCCUCUCUCUGUAGUACAGUAACUUUUUAGUUACAGUUAAUUUUAAUUUAUUUAUAUAUUUAUAUAUAUUGAUUAUCCCAAAUUGCCCUUCAGAGAAAGCAAGAAAGCAAUGGCACCUGUCUGUCUCUUGUACUCUGCAUGGAUCAGCUUGUCACCCUGUCUUAGGUUUUCCCCCCUGGUUUGCACACUGAAGCCAAAUAGCACACGUGAAAACGGGACAAAUUGCUUCUGUUGAGGCCCAUUGUAGGAGGAAUCAGAGUGAGCCCUGAUUUGCAGAAGGGAUCAGUUUGUAAUCAGCUGCACAGGAGGCAAAUGGAUCUGCAGGCUGUGAGUAUCCUUACAGGAUCAGCUGUGAUAUUUUGCUCAAUAUGAUAAUUUUUGAUUUUUGUAAUUAAAAAUUAGGGAAAAUGUUUUCCUGAAAAAUAUUUGGUUGAUGAAAGUUUCUGAAGGAAGUGUCAAGUUGAAAGUUAGGUUGAAAGUUAGAAAGACACUAUGUGUCUUUCUUUACCUUGUUUUAAUAAGACAGCUUGAGCUGGGAUCUCCUACCCACCUCACAACUCAUGUUUUUAAUAAUUUUGUGAGAAUCUUUAGAAUCCUGUCCUGUGAGACCCAGCACAUGUUCCUGUACAUGAGAACUGACAGGAUCUUGUUUACUCACAUGCUCCUUCCCAGCCUGAACUCUGGGGCAGACCCAUGGCAAGGCCUCACUGGAGAAGAGCCCAUGCCAGGUGCAGCAUUUCUCUAAGGGCAGCUCACCGCAAGCCUCAGCAGAGACUCGAGGCAAAUCUUUGCAGUCAGACGUUUGCGUUUGAUGGCGCAUUUCUGCGUGGAAGCGCAAGUACCUGUGUACUGCUGGAGAUGACAGAGGGUAAGACAGUCUAGGGAGUUGAAUUCGGGUUUCCACCAUGCAGGUGGAUGGUGGAGAUAGAGAAAGGAUGGAGAAAGGAUGGAGAAGGCCCAUGUCCCCAGCACCGCAGCCGAUGCCCAGCUACUGGCCCCGUGCCAUGUAGCUGGGGGCCCAGCGCCUGGGUUGCUUUUCUGGCUGUUUCUCGCCAUCCCCCUUCUCCUGCCGGUGCCCGAGCGGCGGCUCCCUGUCCGUCUGCGGCGCAGGGAGUGCUGGCUGCCGCUCGUUAGAAGAAUUCCCCCAAGUCAGCCCUAUGGUACGAGCCGUGUGAAGCGGAAGACAAUUAGGGGCUUAUUAGUGUCCUGGGGAGACGUGUAACUUGUGUUGCUGGGACUUACCAAAACAGCGAGAGUCUUACCGGCAAGCUCCAGCCGAGAAAAGACUGAGGGAUUGUCUCACCUAAUUACGGGGAAUGGGCCUCUUUGUGUUUGUGAUUCGGUACGGUUGUCCGAUCGCUUUUCUCUGGCUGCUGGCUCAGGCCGAGCUGGAAGUGUGCUAAUUAGAAGAGAAAUGGACGUAGUGAUCCUGUCAGCUCUCGUUACCGGCGUGCACAAAGCCGAAUAUUAUUCUGAGGCAGUGUUUUGUGAGUGUCCCUCUUCCAGCUCUCAUUAAGGGCAAGGUUGGUGGACGGAGAGGGGACUUGACCACAUGGGUUGACUAAUGGAGCACAGUUACCGUUACUGUGCUAAUUAACGGGCUCAGGAGGCAAAUGUUUCUCCAACCAGCAGUCCCAGCAGCUGCACCUGGUGCUUCCAAAACCCAACCAUCUCGUGGGCAAGCCAGGGAAACAUUGUGUGGAAGCGGAAAGGGGGUUAGGUAUGAUGCAUCCAUCAGCCAUCCAAAAGUGCAGAACCAGUAAAAUGGUCAUCAGAGAGAUGGAAAGGACAUAAUGCUGCAGUAGCAGCAGGUCAAGCUCCAGCAGUCCCCUCUCCCCACUUAACCUUCACAUAGAGCACAAUGUGUCAGCUUCUGCCCCUGGAAAGUGGGUAGCAAGGAGAGAGCUGAGGAAUUGCCAGGACCUCCAGGUGCCAUCGAAGAAAGAAAUCUCCUAAGAGUUGUUACGAUCAUCACAGCUCUCAAUAUGGCCAGGAAGGGACGGGAAAGCCGGAAAGAUGAGAGGUGACAUGGAGUUGAAUCAGACUAUCCCUCUCUGUGUUGAAGAUGGGAUGCUUAUAGUCUGAGGUGAAAAGCAAGAUGUACAUACAUAUCAGGAUGAUUGUUCUGCUCCAAAAACCAUUUAGGCAACAUUGAAAUGAUGCACAAAAGUUAAUGUAGGUGAAGAUGAUGACCAAAGGAGCCAUAGGAAAUGCUAAAACCAAAAUUGUGCUUUUGUGUCAUUAGCCUGAAACUAAUACAGUGAGAGUAAAGAGAGUGACAGCAGAUAGUGACUUACUACAGAGGGAGUAGAGAGAGACAGAGGACAAAGCAGGAGCCAGAGCAGAUCUGUAGUGUCACAGCAGCUGAGAUGGCCUCAGCAGAAGGGAAGAAUAGCGUGUGCUGGGGAGGCUCAACAGAAGUAGUUUUAUUAACUCGUCACACAGACUUUCAUUUUAAUACAUAGGUGUUUUGUAAACAGAGUAGCUUGCGCAAGUUAAUUGCUGGUUGAUGUUUCCAAAGUUAUGGGCAUGUAUCAGUGAUUAAGUCUGAUUUGGAUGUUAUGAUCAUUCAAAAGGUCCUUUGUAUCUUUGGGCUAAAUGUAGUAAAAUAUACAACCAUGUCUUUAACCUUUUGAUUUGCUUUCUCUCUUUUAACAGUGUAUUCAUUGCAUGCACUCAGGCAUGCUCGGGUACUGUUUUCAGACAUCUUUUGUCCAGGGUUAAAGUUGCAAAAGGUUCCCUCUUUAGUUUCGUAGUUUAUUUUUCCCUGGUGGUGAAGCUGUUCCAGCAGGAGGGUUUAUGUCCUUCCAAAUCUCCAGCAACAGUCUCCUGUCAUUUUGGAUGAAAUUUGAACUCUGCCUUGUGCUUGUGCCUCCUUAUUUUUUCUGUCUCCAAUAUCUGUGAACCAAACAAGGAUCCUUUUGCCAUAGCAGCAUGUUCCCUAUGUCCAAGCCCUGUAGUCCUGCAGAGCUGUAAAAGCCUUUCCCUUUUAACUGGGGUUCAUUUCCUACUGGCUGUUGUGAUGGCUUGAAUCUUAGGAGUCUUGAUCUUAGAAGCCUGAUCUCCAAAGAGGGCUUGAGAAGUAUCUUCUCUGCAAAGAGGUUUAUUCUAGAAGGAGGAGAUGUAUAAUCCUCUUAUUAAAACACAGAGAGGAAAGGAGAAAAGCUUUAUUGCUCCUGCCUUACCCCAGUGAGCUGGCAGCUUUUAUGCUGCCUCAUGAAUAGAAAGAGGCAAAAGUCUGAACACAAGCACUUUACCUGAGCUCAGGCACUCUCCUGGAUACUCAGUGAAACCCAGGCUGCACUGCUUUUCAGUGUCACAGCAGGACAGUUUCUGAAAAGGGACAACAACUGCCUGUUACACCAUGUGGCCACUUCAGUCUUGGUCUAAGGAGGAGUCACUGGCAGAAAACGAAAGACCAUCAUACCCAUCUCCAUUUUUGUGCUUUGGAAGCUCAGUAGUCAAGUGGCCUCCUUGUGUAAAGGUUGUGACACUUCCCAUGUCAGGCCUUCUUCAAGAAAUUGGGCUUUACUGGCAGACAUCAGGAGAAAAGACACUGCUGGUUUUGUCAAUUUAUCUCUGUUUCUUUGCCCAAGGAAGAAUUGGUAUCCCUGCUUGUAACAUCUCUAUCUGACUGGCUUGCCAUCUUCGUGUAUGGAUAAUAUCGUGUCAAAUUUCUGACUUCCAAAUGCAAAUAAGGAUCCACUGACCAUAAAAUAUUGUUGGUUUUAUGUCCUUGUGAGGAUGGCAUUCUGAUAAAGAGCAUCCAUCAUACAGAUUAGCAGUACUCAAGAACGUUGUGAAGAGAGGUGAAAAUAUGCAGAUGGAGGGAAAGGGUGCAAUGGCUUCUUGUGGCCUUCACCGAGACCUCCUGGCCUUCAUGUAACACUCACUGGUUGUAUGGUACCUGACCCGUGGGCUGGAGUAGUGAUUGAAGGACAUCUCUUCAGCAGUUUGAGUUCUCAAGUACACUACCAAAGUACUUCAAUUCAUGGUUACCUCAGCAAGUAUCAGAACUCUAUUGUGCUGUGCAUCAUGGAAACACAUAAUUAGGUGAACGUUUCGGUCCUCAAGAGGUUAUGAGAAGAUGAAACCAUAAAAGGAUGGGAGAAGAAAAGGAGACAUCAGGAUGUAAAGAGUCUUGUUGGAGGUUAUCCAGCACAGUUCAAACCCUGUAACUUCUUAGCCACAGUUGAGUGGCCCUUCCACUGCUUCCCAUCUACUUUGUUGUCUCAUUAUAUAGAUGUGGGUUUUAAAGUAAGUAAAUAAAUUAAAACUCAAAUGCCUAAGCAACCAACAGGUGUAAGAAAUUUAAAUAACAAUAAAUUAUGGUACAAUACCAGACAUUUAAUUUUUUUUUCAAGACCUGUAAGAACUAUUCUAUGAAUUUAAAUUUGAGUGACUUUAUGCAGUGUUAAAGAUUUGAGAAUUUAAAAAUAGAACUCUAGAAAUGAAGGUUUCUCACAGCACUGUUAACUGCCACAGUGUGCAUGGUGUACACACAUAUUUAGGAGAAAGCUAUGAGCUUUACAGAGACCCUACAAAUAAUCAUAACACCUUCACUGAUGUAGAACACUUAUUCUGACUUUGCUGAGCCUUUUACACUCAGGCACAGAGGGUGUAAGUGCUACUUUGCAGAUUUCAUGUAAUUCCACACUUGCUCAGACAAGCCAAGGCAGGAAAAAUGUAAUUUUCCUAAUUUUCCAUGUUGAAAAUCUUGCUAUUGGUCUGAUGAUCUGUGGAUCUGAUCCUGCCUUCCCACAGAACAUUAUUAAAAUGAUCACUGCAGCUCUCUAGGGAGCAUAAAACUAUUUUCUCUAACAAAAGAGAGAUAAUUUUUCUCAUUCACUUCAAUAAUUUGGAGAGGGAGGAAUUUGCUACAAUAGAUAUUAGUGUACCCCAUUUGUGUAUGCAUCUGGGUAAGGCUUACAGGAAUUUUAUUAGCAAGUAUCAAAAUAUUUAUUAUCAAGUUUUUUUGGAGGGAGAGAACUGUGUAAAAAAAGUGAUAUGGAAGACUGAAAGAACAAUACAGGCAAGUGAGAAGGAGGGACUCAGGAAAAGGAACUUAGGGGAUAGGAGACCAAGACGGGUAAAAAAGUACAUUUUGAAAGACAGCAGGGCAUGGGCAGGAGGUUGGAGCAAAUGCAAAGGAAAGAAGGAGGCAGACUGUUACAAAUGCAGUGUAAGAAGAAGAAUAGUGAAAAAAAUCGUAACACAAGGGAAGAAAAUAGGAAGAGGUGGUGGUUUUCAGCAAGAAGGAGGUCAGAGAAAAGCAGAAGUUUCAUGAUCAGUGGCACCAGCCAAGGAAGUGUGGUUUUCCUUGUGGAUGUGUCUCUCAAGACUGCAUCGUGUGUGGAUUCUCUGGUGCCUUAUGGGAGGUAUGCUCACACUUCAGCAAGAGCAGUCAUUGGAUUUCUUUCUUAGACAAUUAAUGUAAUAAAAUGUACAGAAAUGAAUAGAAAAUGCAUUUUCUACCUGGAAAGUUGUCUGAAAUUAGCCUACAGGUUCAAAAGUCAUUGGGGCACCCAUGUACACCUGUGGAUGGAUGCUAAGAUUAGAUGAUUAAUAGCUGAAAUUGCAAAUGGACAGAGUGAGUGGUAGAGAAUGGGAAAACAUUAGGAAAAUGGGGAUUUAUGUCUGCUGUUAAUGCAUUUAAUUUGCUUUACUGCCAUUUCCUUUCCUGGUUUUACAAUUUCUAAAAAAUGAACAAGGAUCUGUUUAAAGCCCUCCUCCCAGAUCAGGCUGACUUCACUGUAUCCACACUGGUUGUUUCUGGGGAGAAAAAUCUCUUACAGCAGUUUUGUCUCCAGCAUCAAACAAAAGUUUCUAGGAGCUGCCCUACCAGCUACACCAUCAGAACCUGCCUGGAACCUCACUGAAAGCAUAUGUGGGACAAAGAUACUGCAAAAGCCUUCUGGUCUUUCCAUACUGGGGUGAAUUGCAGCUCUAUGACUCAAACACUUUAGUUGUUUUUCUGCUGUGCUACACAGCUAAUUCCUAUCUCAUUGGUUCCUGGUGUAGUUAUUCUCACCUUGUGCUUUCUAGGGACCUCCUUGUGACUGUAUACUGUGGUUUGGACAAUACUUGUAUUUUUACUGGCAUGCCAUUUUAUUUUCAGUUGCUCUAUCCCUCUUGUCCUUUCAGUCUCUUAACAAAAUUUCCAAAUUUUCAGGCAGAAGGUGUCAUGUCAAAAGGUGUUAAAUAGGACAGAGCUCACUGCUGAUCUCUGGGAGGGAGAUCUCCCCCUCUAGCACAAUACCUUUUAAUGCAUCAUUAUCCUUUAUUUGUGGGUCUCCAGCCAAUUUUUCAUUCCAUCUAGUGGUGUAGUCAAACCCAUUUGCAUUAAUUUUGAGUAGGAUUUAUGUAUCAAAUCUUUACUAAAAUCUAAAUGUAUCAAAUCCAUUGUGUUCCCAUCAUCCACUAAUUUUGUAAUUCUAUUUUAAAAAGCAAUCACGUUUCUCCAGCACAGUUUAUUCUUUAGAAAUCCCUAGUACAAAAGCUUGUUUUCUUAUCUCUGGGUGGCUAGCAAUUUUUUCGCCAUUUUUUAAAAUUCUGUUAUUUUACUAGCGAUAGAUAUUCCUAGGAACUCCAAAUUUAUUUGGUUUUUGUUUUGUUUUAAUGAUCAAUAGCACAGUUCCUUUUCCCUAGGCAGCUUCCUAGUUUUUGUAACUUAACAAAACUAUUGUCCAUGACAAAAAAGUAACAUUUGUCAUUUUCCUUGCAGCAAGUGGAGGGAUGUCUCUUUUGUCCUGAACACUUGAGUGUACAGGCAGGGUGUUAUAUAGCUGAGGAGCCAAAUGUGCUGUCAGUGAAACAAACGUGUGGAAAUCAUUGACAUCUUAAGUGAAUCCAGUCAGGCUUUUUGCCUGGUAAUAUCCAUUCUGGUCAAUUGUUAUUGCCUACUGAAGAAGUAUCAGGAGGGCAUUUGUACAUUAUUUUAUUAUAAUGUUUGUAAAAGUCUUAAACUAAGAUGAAAUAAAAAUAGCAUCCAAAUAAGCUACA